AUGAAUUUCUUUAAUAGUAACAUAACUAGAGAUAUUUAUUCUCCUUCUGCAGCCGGGCAACCGUGGUCGCUGUACCUGCCUGUGUUCGCCGACGCCGCGUCCCCCUGCGGCGUCGCCCUCGCCGCCAUGGCCGCCUCCCUCGAGAGCAACGCGUCGCUCGGAGUCCUGCAAACCGGGCAACCGUGGUCGCUGUACCUGCCUGUGUUCGCCGACGCCGCGUCCCCCUGCGGCGUCGCCCUCGCCGCCAUGGCCGCCUCCCUCGAGAGCAACGCGUCGCUCGGAGUCCUGCAAAUGGUGGACUCGUGGGGAAAGCUCCCCGACGGAUUCCUCUAUGGCAAUCCUUAUUUCGUGGGAGUUGGUGUCUACGACGAGUGCAUCCGCGCCCAGUCUCCUGACCUCGGCAUCAAGGGCAAAUUCUGUUCGGUAGUCCUCGGGGAUAAUAAAACCGUCGCCCAGAGCCAAAGACAUUUCGAAGCAGGAACUCGCUUCAUUCAAGGCUUUGCUAACACGUACCUGGGCUUUUCUGUUCGGUAUUCUACAUGCAUCCCCGACGCCUGCUCUGAAGAGGACUUGGCUGUGCGCGUCCGGUUCCUGCUGCCCUUCUCCGUGUACACCAACUUAGAGAAAAUGUUUCACAUAUCAACGGAGUCUCGACCCGGGAUGAUCACCUGCCUCACCGGAUUCAGUUCAUGUGGCAGAAUCCAUACCGAAAAAUAUUCCUUGGUAUUCUACAUGAGCUGUGUUUGUAAGCAAUGUACGCAUCGUUUGGAAGUUGCACCACCUCUAGGGACUUGGACAAGCGGGCUGCUCUUUCAAAUCAUCUUCAACGCCACGGUGAGCACGGACUCCUUCUUAUUCCUGUCGGGGCUGCUGGUGAGCUACGGCGUCCUGAAGGAGAUCAAGAGGACGGGGAAACUCAACAUAAUCAUGUACAUCAUCCACAGACUUAUCAGGUUAACACCACCGAUUGCUGUUGCCACUCUCUUCCUAGCGACAGUCGCCCGUUUCCUCCCCUCGGGUCCCCUGGCGCAUUCCGUGAAUUCGCUGUACACUAUGUGCUCUGACAAUUGGUGGAUGGAUGUUCUCUACGUUAAUAAUUUCCUCGCCUUCAACGCAACCACUGAUAUAAUAACAGAUUGCCUCGGCCAGUGCUGGUACACCGCCGUGGACACCCAGCUGUACCUUGUGGCUCCCCUUCUGCUGCUGCCUCUCGCCCUCUAUCCCUCCAAAGGGAAGAUUCUGUUGUUCGUGGUAACUCUGGUGUCUUCCAUCGUCCCAGCAGCAGUUAUCUACGCCAACGACCUUCCUCCGGGGUCGAUCUUUGGCGGUGCCGAAAACGUCGAUAGUUCAGCCUAUAUGAUGCAGGUGUACUUCACGCCCUGGUGCCGCAUGAGCGCCUACAUCGUGGGCAUUUGGACUGGCUACAUCAUCUUCAGUCAGGGAUCAAAGAAACUCAACUUAUCACCCUUGCAGGUGUUGACAGGCUGGACGGUGGCCACGUUCUCGGCUCUGGCGGUGUUGCUCGGCGCGUGGAGUUACAACCAGAUAGCAGCCGCUUAUUACUAUGACCCGAUAACCCAGGUCCUGUACGGCGGCCUCCACAGGGGCGUCUGGUGCGCCGCCCUGGCCUGGGUCGUGGUGGCUUGUCACUUCGGCUAUGGAGGAGUGGUGAAUGCCUUUCUUUCCCAUCCCUCGUGGCAGCCUCUAUCCCGUCUCACAUACUGCAUGUUCCUCGUCUCACUUCCUACUCAGAUCAUUCUGGUUUUCAACAUCAAGGAUCUUGUCUAUUUCACCCAUGUAAAUAAGAUUAUCCAGACCUGCGGCACCGUCUUUAUUUCGAUUGUCCUGGCGCUGUUGCUCUCGCUCACGGCAGAGGUACCCAUCUUGGGUCUCGAGAAAAUGCUAUUUAAAAGACCAGGUCGAGGGGAUGACAAGCCGAAAACUGUAACUACUCCGGGUGAAAAGCAAGGUCAGGAUAACCUCGCUUUCGCAGGAGAAAUGGGCGAGAGAAGCGACCUCACUCAGAAGGGAUUCGAAGCGGGGUUGCGGCAGAAUGGAGACAUCGAAUCAUCUCAGGCGCCAUACUCGGAGGAAAAACAAACGACUGUCCUUUAG